CAGUCAUUGCAAUAACGAAAGAAUAACAAGAGCAGCGCAUAACAACUGCUGCAAUUUUAGAGUUUUUUAACGUAUUUAAAUGUAAAUUAAGUGCAAUUCGUAUUAAAAACAUUACAAAGAGUGUAUAACAAACGCGUGUAUUGCAAAUAUGGAGGAUAUAUUUCAUUGGUGCCGCGAGGGCAACUCAAUUCAAGUGCGCCUCUGGCUGGAUGAGACGGAGCAUGAUAUGAAUUUGGGCGAUGAUCAUGGCUUCAGUCCACUGCACUGGGUGGCAAAGGAGGGCCAUGUGAAGCUGGUUGAGACGCUGCUGCAACGCGGCGCACGCGUCAAUGCCACCAACAUGGGCGACGACAUUCCCCUUCAUUUGGCAGCCGCCCACGGCCAUCGCGAAGUCGUCCAAAUGUUGCUGCGCGAGCGAUCGGAUGUGAAUGCGGUGAAUGAGCAUGGCAACACACCGUUGCAUUAUGCCUGCUUCUGGGGCUACGACAUGAUUUGCGAGGAUCUGUUGAAUGCCGGCGCCUUGGUCAGCAUAGCCAACAAGGAUGGACACACGGCCGUGGACAAGGCAAAGCCAAGUCUAGGCAAGCGCAUUCAAGAUCUGGCGGAGAAGAGUGGUCAAGAGUUGAAGGUCAUCAGCUUCAAGGAGCAGAGUUGGCUGGGCAUGAAGACACGUUCCCGCGAUGCCACCUUGUCACGGUUUAAGGGCAUCAGCAUGGGCGAUCUCGACUUGCACACCAAACUGUCGGUGACGCCCUCGGGAGAAACUUGGCGUGGUCGCUGGCAGAAGAACGAUGUGAUUGCCAAGAUUCUGGCAGUGCGUCAGUGCACAUCGCGCAUUUCGCGUGACUUCAACGAGGAGUUCCCCAAGCUGCGCAUCUUCUCGCAUCCCAACAUUUUGCCCAUCAUUGGUGCCUGCAAUUCUCCGCCGAAUCUCGUGGUUAUUAGUCAGUUCAUGCCACGCUCUUCGUUGUUCAAUCUGUUGCAUGGCGCUUCGGGCGUUGUGGUGGACACCAGUCAAGCUGUGCACUUUGCCCUGGACAUUGCCCGAGGCAUGGCUUUCUUGCACUCGCUGGAACGGAUCAUACCGACGUAUCAUCUGAACAGUCAUCAUGUGAUGAUCGACGAUGAUCUGACGGCACGCAUCAAUAUGGGCGAUGCGAAGUUCUCGUUCCAGGAGAAGGGACGCAUCUAUCAGCCGGCCUGGAUGUCGCCGGAGGCGCUGCAGCGUAAGCCAGCGGAUCGUAAUUGGGAGGCGUCUGAUAUGUGGAGCUUUGCUGUGCUCAUCUGGGAGCUGACAACUCGCGAGGUGCCAUUUGCCGAAUGGUCACCCAUGGAGUGCGGCAUGAAGAUUGCGCUCGAGGGACUGCGAGUCAAGAUACCCCCGGGAACUUCAUCGCACAUGGCCAAAUUAAUCUCGAUUUGCAUGAAUGAGGAUCCAGGCAAGCGGCCCAAGUUCGAUAUGGUUGUGCCCAUUCUGGAGAAGAUGAAGAGAUAAUCCCAAAUCGCACACAGUCCCACAAACACAAUAGACUCGUCUUAUUUUUUGUAAAACAAAGGGUCUUAAAAAUUACGAAGCCAAAAUGUGCCUGUUUACAAACUGUGUAGCUAAAUCUGAAUAAUGUGAGUUGGAGCGGAGUGAAGUGAAAGGAACAGAGCUCUCUCGUUUGAUGUGUUUGCCAACUAAUUAUAAUUACUACUUUGUGUUAAUUAACUGCAACGGAAACUGAAAUUUAACUGAAAUCUAACAGACACCGCCACAAGUGCCUUGAGUCUACAAAAUCCAUUCAAAUAUUUACAGGUAAAGCUUUUAAGUUUUUUUUAUUCUCUAUCUCUCUCUCUUUUUGUGUAGUAUUUUAUGUGUCCCACUGUCCACGUUUUGUUCUUAUGAAUUUUGAUGAUGUUUUUAGACGGUGCUCGAUUUUGUCUACGUUGUAAGUUCAAUUAUAAAUACAAUUAACAGUUAAGCUUUUAAAGUACGUAUUUAUACAGCAUAUAUAUUUGUUACUAAUGAUUAAACGAAAUUUGUGUACCUAUAUAAAAA